AUGGUUCCAAAUUCUCUGCGCGACAAAGUCCUGCACCUCAUUCAAUCCUGUGGUCCAGACACGACGGCGGAUUUCCCCGCUCUACUGGAACUGCAGGGACUUCUGGAGAGCGGUAUUAGACUGGACGAAGAAGACACACGAAGUGGGAAUGAACUAGAAAACGAUUAUCUGCCAACUCUAAUACACCAUGCUGCCAAGACGGGAAGCGCCGAGCUGAUGAAGAAGCUUGCUCAGACUCAAUCCUUAGACUGCAAGACAAGGUCGGGUCUGACGGCUCUUCACGUUGCCGCAGCAGGACUCCACCGUGACCUCGUUCAGUUCCUCGCCGGCCAAAUUGAUCGUCGCGCAGCCACCACGAACCUUCACCCGCGGCAGGCCGAGCGUGGGUGGACAGCCUUGCAUUAUGCCGCAGCGGCCAUAGGGCUUGAUGGAUCCUUUGCUGGCCAGAAAGCCGUCAUACAGCUGCUGCUGGAUGCCCCUGACCGCACCAGCAGCCAAGGCGAGAAGCAAGACCUUCGUCAUGUCAGAGACUCGAGUGGAAAGCUAGCACAGCACAUCUUUCGGCUGCACCACCUGAGUGGCAUUAAUAGCGCCAGUAUCGGGGGAGAAAAUGCCGAUCUAGCCUAUGUAGAGACGCAGCACUUGUUGUCACCUCCAUUGCCGCGCAUACCGGCAGAGCUGGACGACCUGAUGGCGUUUAGGCUCCUGACGGAUGAAGAGCUUGAUGUAUGCAUAGAAACACCGCUUCGUGUUCGCGAAUGUUUUCUGAGCAAUUUAGACGACGAAAAGUGGGCGACCUGGAAGAGCUUCCAUGAGACUGGGCUCUGCGUCGCCGAUGUCGCGUACGGCAAAGGAUUGGACUACCUGGAUCGCCCUCUGAGGCAUAAGCGCUCCGUACCAUUUCCAUUUUGGCGUCAGUCCAGGUGGAUGCACCUGCCAAUAUGCAACAAAGUGUGGUUACAAGACAUGAUCCGGGCUUGUUUCGUGCAGCGCCGGGCAAAGCUUACAAAUGCGUCGACGGACAUUGACAGCUUGAGGAUGGAGCAUGCCCAGCUUCAAGAUGAGGUAGAGCACUCGCUGUCUGGACGCAUGGUACCGAAGCUUGUCGUGCCCUCCAGGAUAAAGUCGGAUCAGCCGCAACCGAAGAGCGGGAUGUUUUUCAAGGUGCCCUACUUGACGGCCUGCCCUGUCCUCCACUACAAGAAGAUGAGCGAAAUGCUAGAAAAGUGCGCCAAUUCCAAGGUUGCUGAUCCCACAACACCAGAGCAGAUGGACUACGACGUCGCCAUGCGCCUGAUACAGACCUAUGGUGAUGGUCCGGACAUAUUACACAUGCCGAAAUUGCUAGAAAGCUAUGGCCGUAUUGCAGGCUUGUCGCAGGACAACAAGGCACGCCAUUGUAAGCAAGUCUCCUAUCAGCUACAAGGAGCUGCAAAGGGCGCUACCAAAGGCGAGGACAAGCUUGUGUGCAUUGUGAGCCAACUCUGGCUAUGCUUGGUCGAUGUCAGUGAAGACGAUAGAUGUAUCACUCUGAUCACCCUAUCACCCGACAUAGAACCGUUAUCUACAGCCUUCGACUUGGGCCACGAGCUUCAUCACUACAGCGGCGCGGACAGCAAUAUGACUCAAUGGAUAAUGAAGGUGCGGGAAACUGCCAAGAUCAUCCCCUUCAUCAUCGGGAUGACGGCAAGGAGUAGCCUGGGGCACACAGUGGAAACCCAAGAAGGAGCAGUAAAGCAUGGUGUGCUGCAAAUAUACACGAUGGCGGUGAACAAUGCUGCGUUAUGUGAGCGCAAGCUUGUUGAAAGAUUCUGGAAACGUGUCAAAAAAGAGGCCAAAGGCGAGGCUGAUUCCCUCAAGAUCACCAUCCAGGAGGAGAUACGUCUGAUACGUGAAACCAAGAAAAUCAUCAACGAGCUUGAAGUUGUCAAGCGCGUACUGGACGAUCAACUCCAAGUCAUUAUUCAAGCAUCUCAUAGAGUCAGACUGGAAGACGAAUUGCAGGGGGAGGUGAUUAGAAUGAGUAUGGUUGAGAUCAAUUCACGCCGCGUUGAUGACCUGCUCAAGAGUGCUGACGAAGUCACCAAGAAUGUGUAUAAUCUACUCGAUCUCAAACAAAAGGGCGCCAACCUGGCCGAGGCACAGUGGUCACGCGAACAGGCAGAGGAAACCGCGAGACAGGGGAACAUCAUUAUGGUUUUCACCAUAGUUACUAUAAUCUUCCUUCCCAUGUCCUUUCUCUCAUCGUUUUUCGCUUUGGAAAUCAUCGAGUUCCCAAGGGACGAUGAGAAAGAGCUCCGUCUUGGUCUCAAAUGGACGCUCAUGUACAUACUCACCAUCACGGCUGCCAUCGCAGUGCCGCUCGUGCUCGUAGCGUUCAACAUAAAUAGGGUAAGCGGUCUUUGGAAACACUGCAUAGGAUUAGUAUCUGGGAAUCAGAACGAGAGGCACAGCAAGGCGAUACCGAAAGGUGUUAAUCGUGCACACAGAGGAGUCAAGGAUGCCGGUCAGGGAGAAGAAAUCGGUGCGACCAGACUGCAGCCAGCGGCGUCAAGUCCAGAAGAUACUACCGUCUUAGGCAGGAAGAAGCCAAUGGUCCGUCUUAUAGGCAACCGUUUCGGAAGAAGAGCAAAGGAGCAGCAAGCGGACGAAGCGGUUGUAUAAGGCAAUAAUGACGCUAGAUGGAACAUGUUGACUUUGAAGAUCCUGAGUCAAGGCAACCCAUAAGAGCAUCGUACACUAUUAAAUUGUUUGGCGGGUGCAAUGAGAAGUAACUGGGUUUUUAUCUCAAUCCUAAACUAAGAGAACGCCCCCAUAUGCCCUGCGUAACUGUGUACCAUUAAAGUUGAAAGAAAAAAGGCAAUUGAGGUUGGCAGGCAACAACUAGAACUAGCUCUAGAACUAACAUGGAACCUAUC